ACGGCACAGGGCCUGGCUGUGCAACCUGGGGAGAGACGGGUCACCUCUCUGGGCCUCUAUUUCCCCCAGCUUUUUACUUGGGGGUAAUCAUAACUGCCCUCGAUUUUGAAGAAAUAUCUGCCUCGAGACAGGUGAGGCUUGAGGAGUAUGAGGAGGUGGGGUUGUAGGGAGGACCCGCUGAGGACAUGGCAGCAGAAAUGCUCUGCAAACCAUCCUGUGCUGGACCCGCAUCUGACCCCUGAGGGAUGUUUACUGGCGUUUGUAUUAUAGAUUCACAGGUGCGGUGAACCCAAAUUCCUUGAGUCCUCUGCAUGCAAGGCCAUGGCCCAGAAGAGCCCCACAAUCAAUGGCAACAACCUGGGAGACCUGGCCUCCGAGGUGACCAGACGCAGAGUCACCAUGGCCACCAGAAAAGAGCGAUUUACUAAGAAAAGCGAUGAAGCCAGGGCGAUAUCCUCCACUCUGGAUCUGGAGCAAGUCCCUUCUAGUGUGGCCGGCCCUACAGAACCUCCGGCCCCUCCUCCUUCACCAGUAGAAGACUGCAGAAUCUAAGUGGGCUUCUAUAUCAUUCUAGCAAAGUUCCCCUGAUGUCUUUGGGGGUGUCUUUGAAGACAGUCUUGAAACAUCUUUCUUCUUUCUUUCCUAUUUUUCUUGUCAAUCACUGCCGAGUGUUGUUUAUCCUCACUAGUGCAUGUAGAGCCAUCUUUGGUCGUUCAAGUCAAGUCUCUGAUAUGUGUCCACAUUUGGUCUUUAAUUUGUGUCCUUCUA